AAGAGCUCCGGAGAUGCGCAGUCCGCAGCACAAUCACACCCAGGAUGGGGGUUCAAGGUCUGGCCACGCUCUUAGACAACCACCGGAGGAUUUACCGGGACGUCGAGUUCAGGAGGAGACGGCUGGUGAUCGAUGGAGCCAACCUGAUAUACCUGCUGUACUUUGAGUCAGGUCUGGACCAGAAUCAUGGUGGGGAGUAUGCUGCCUUUGAAAACCUGAUUGAGAGGUUCUUCACAGCCCUCAAAACCUGCGAGGUUGAACCAUACGUGGUGCUGGAUGGAGGUUCAGACCCCACUGACAAGAAGCUUAAAACUGUGACGCAGAGGGCCGAGGACCGGAUUAGGAGAGCCCAUCGAGCAGCAGUGGAUGGUGGGAAGGAGAACAUCCUGCCAGUGCUGACCAAGUGGGUGUUCAGACAGACGUUGUUCCGGCUGAAGGUCCCAGUUGUCCAGUGCUUUGGUGAGGCUGACCGGGAGAUAGCCGCCCUGGCUUAUGAAUGGCAAUGCCCAGUGCUUUCCAAUGACAGCGACUUCUACAUCUUCAACCUCCCAGCAGGGAUGGUGCCCAUCUCUUACUUCCAGUGGGCGGAUGUGAAUCAGAAUGGCUCAAAGAGCUACAUCCCCUGUAAGAGGUACUACACCUCCAGCUUCUGCAUCUAUUUUGAAAUCCAGCACCAGCUCCUGCCCACCUUCGCUGCCUUGGCAGGGAAUGACUAUGUGAAGCUGCAGAAGAUUCAGUUUGCCCCAAAAGCAAAUAAGCCGCUGAGCCGCCUGGAGGAGUUGCUCUGCUGGCUGAAGGACUUUGAGGUGCCUCAGGAAGCCUUGGAGGCAGCAAUGGAACUGAUGGGAGCAAAGAACCAGAAAAAGGAGAAAAUGCUGCAGAGUUUAUCAGUGGGGAUUGAGGAAUACCAACUGCCUCCCAGCUCCCUGACGAAGUUCUUCAUGCAUGGGGUUGUUCCUCAGUUCCCAGAAGAGAGUCAGCAGCAGGUGGGUCUCAUCCCAGACUGGAUCCAGCGGGCUCUGAUGCAGGCCCGGAUGACUGCAGACAACCUGGACGUACUGUUGCUGCACAGGAUGAGCCUCAGCACCCCCGUGAGUCACAAAGACCUACCCAGUGUUAAUCUGACCUCCAGGCCACUCCGCCAGGUGAUGUAUGGGCUGCUACUGGGGAAGGAGAAGUCAGUGAAGGUGCAGGAGAGAGACAGAGAGGGCCUCCAGCUGAAAUUCAGCCCUAUCAAGCCAAUCUUCAGCCAACGCACCCAACAGCUCGAACUCAACUCACUGCAUGAGGUGGAGCUCUCUGUACGUCUGAAGGUCUUACUUGAGGCUCUCGGGGUGCAAGAGGAACUCCUAAAUGUGCUGUCCCCUCAGCUGCGCCUCCCAGUGGCUGUUACCUGUUACUGGUGCAUCAGAGCUCGGCCUCCUCCAGACCUGAAGCUGCUGAAGUCAUUGCUGCUGGGAAUGUGCCUCAAAGACACACUGCGGCUCAGUGCAGCUGUGGAGGCUGAAAGUCGUUGCUGUCAUCAGAAGGCCGACACGGACGUGGCUCACGCCUUCAGUCAGUGGCAGGUGUGCAUGAAGGACAGCAUGCACCUGAACCAGCUGCUGGACUUCCCUCUGCCUGAACCAGACACUGCAGGGUUAUAUCAGGGGAUGUUGGUCCACCAGCUGGUCCACAUGAUGAGGACAGGAAGGAGACUGAAGCGCUUUCUGAAGACAGAUCAGGCCACUGUGAAGCGAUACCGUGACAUGCUCUUCAUCGUCCACCAGCUUCAAAGUCGCAAGGUGUCAAAGUUCUCAGCGGGCGAGCGGAUAGCGAAGGCUCAGCGGCAGCCUCUGAAUGACCACACCAACCUGCAGCUGUAUGAAGACGAGGACGUGGCGACCGCGAUCCGCAGCUUGGCCCGGGUGCAGGAGGAGCUGCAGCUGGAUGAUCAGCUGAUGGUGAAAACUCGAUACAGAACCAAGGAGAGAAGAAACCGAUGCAACAAAGUGGAACUGACCCGUAAGGAGGAGCGUCGAGGCAUCGCCCUCCUCUGACUACCCUGAGCCAUCCCUGUGAAUGUCUUUACUCGCUGGGUUUUAUUUUCCUUUUGCUUCGGUCCACUUUUUAACUUUAAAGAUGAAUUAUAGACGGACUUUAUGGCCUCUUGGAAACAGUGCAACAAGCAGCCUCGGUACAUUAUUCCCUCUGUUAGCUCCAUUUUUGCACCGCCACCUUUUGGGGAAAACAUUGAAGGCUUUGUGAUGAAUAUUCUAUUUGUCUAUUAUUCCUGUUUGCUACUGAGCGGCUCAUGUUCAGAGGAUUUUUUCAGCCUUUGAAAACCAAUGUGGGAUUUAACAUAAAAACAAACAAACCAAAAAAAGGAACUGCACCAAUAAAAAUGCAUUAAAAAGCUGAUUUAAAUGUACCCCUUUCAAGGUUAUCCUCUCUGGCAGUUCUGUCUCUGAGAUUUAAUUUUAUGCUGAAAAAUUAAACCUUUGCACAUACUGU